AUGUCUGAGGUUACAGAAUGUUUUCUUUGCAAAAUAACUUUUGUUGAUCAACAGGCAUAUUGGAAGCAUAUUUUUGAGCAAGAUUGUCAGGAUUCAUCUGUGAAUUUAAAUAACACUUCCUGUAAUCAAAACGCUCUCGUCAAAAUAGCAAGUGACAAUGGUUCUAGAAUACACAAAAACAUGAAAUCUUCUGACAAAGAGAGCAGUUAUCACGGUUCCAUUGCUAAAUCAACAACAUUGAAUAGCAGUAAAGUAUCAUCACUCGGCAAACAUUUGAUCAACCGCGUUUAUUGCGAUGUAUGUGAUAGGUACAUGCAGUCGUGUCAUUUAGUUGCUCAUAAGAAGGGAAAGAAGCACUUGGCUAAGGCAGAAAAAAUGGGUUGCUGUGUGUCAGAAUCUUGUACCAGUUCAGAUUCUGUUAAGAGAAAUUUGGACGCCAGCAAUUCUACCACUGAAUAUAUAAGGAAUCCUGAAAAGUUACGAGCUGAUGGUAACCUUAAUCAUAAUUCAGCAACUAUAUCAGGGUGUGCACAUGAAGACAACUUGCUGAGAAACGAUGUUAAUUCGUAUUAUAUUCCUGGUGGACCUUUACCUGAAUAUUCUAUUAAGCCAAGUGAAAAUAUUCCAGAUGAAACAACUACUAAGUCUAUUUUACGCAGGUUGUGCAUGACUGAAAUCUCAUCUCUUUUGGCUCUGAUUGUUGGGGACAUGGACCAUAGUAGUAAUUUUGUUACACAAAUGAGGAUGAAAUGCCGAAAUGAUCUGAAUUCUAUUUUAUUACAUGAGGUCCCUACUUUGAAUGCUACUGAUAACCGAGCGCAGGAAAGCCUGGUCCUCAAUUUCAGAGAAAUUGAAAAUAGUCAACAUACGUCGCUUAGCCAUUUGUUGUUGCUGUGGACUAAAGAACUCCACUCACUGGAUACUGACUAG